AGGUCAUUUGGAGAACCUUGCUUGUUUUAACUGUUCCUCCAUGAGGCUAAUAAAACCUUUCUUCUGGCAAGUUUGUUUGGAGACACGUUCAUAUGCUCACAUACAAGUGUAAGAUGUGUACACAUUUAUUGGAGAGGAGGAGCUCUGCAGGAUUGGUUUCAGCUGGAUUUCACCUUAGGUUGAUAAGGCCUGUUCAUUUUAAAUAUUGCACUAAUAUCUCACCUUACAUUUAUUGUACAAAAGAUAGCUACAUUUGGACAAAAGGAUCAGAAAAAAGACAGGGCAUAGUUCAGAGAUCAUUUGACUCCUGGUGUCUGUCUCCCAAUAGAGGUGUUUCAGGACCUUGUUGGGUUACAGUACGGAACUGGCAUUCUUCACCAUCCAGAAAUGAUGACUCUGUAAUAGAAAAAUCAUUGAAGUCUCUUAAGGACAAAAAUAAGAAGUUAGAAGAAGGAGGGCCUAUUUAUAGUCCAACAGUAGAAGAAGCGGUAGUUAAAAAAUCUAUUGGACAGAGGAUUAUUGAUGAAGUGAAGCAUUACUAUCAUGGCUUCCGGUUGCUAUGGAUUGAUUCAAAAAUUGCUGCAAGGAUGCUCUGGCAAAUUCUUCAUGGCAGUUCUUUAACCCGUCGGGAACGAAGACAGUUCCUUCGGAUAUGUGCUGAUCUCUUCCGGUUGGUCCCUUUUCUUGUCUUUCUUGUUGUUCCAUUCAUGGAAUUCUUGCUUCCAGUAGCUUUAAAGCUGUUCCCCAAUAUGCUUCCUUCAACAUUUGAGACAAAGUCUAAGAAGGAAGAGAGGUUGAAGAAAGAAUUGAGAGUAAAGCUUGAAGUGGCAAAAUUUCUUCAAGAUACUAUUGAAGAGAUUGCCUUAAAAAAUAAAGCUGCUAAAGGCAAUGCUACUAAGGAUUUCUCAACUUUCUUUCAAAAGAUACGUGAAACUGGUGAAAGACCAAGUAAUGAAGAGAUUUUACGAUUUUCUAAACUGUUUGAAGAUGAACUAACUCUUGAUAAUCUUACAAGACCCCAGCUGGUUGCUCUGUGUAAACUGUUAGAACUUCAGUCAAUUGGAACAAACAACUUUCUUCGCUUCCAAAUAAUAAUGAGACUGAGAAGUAUCAAAGCAGAUGAUAAACUGAUAACUGAGGAAGGUGUGGAUAGCCUGACAGUAAAAGAAUUACAGGCAGCCUGUCGAGCAAGAGGUAUGAGAGCGCUUGGUGUCACAGAAGAACGCUUAAAGGAACAGCUGAAGCAGUGGUUAGACUUGCAUCUGAAUCAAGAAAUCCCAACUUCACUGCUUAUAUUAUCCAGAGCUCUGUACCUUCCAGAUACUCUGUCACCAGCUGAUCAGCUGAAAACAACCUUGCAAAUACUCCCUGAAAAUGUGGCAAAAGAAGCUCAGGUGAAAGCAGCAGAAGUGGAAGGAGAAAAAGUUGACAAUAAAGCCAGAUUGGAAGCAACUCUUCAAGAAGAAGAAGCUAUUAGGAAGGAACACCAUGAGAAAGAGUUGGAAAAACUUUCCGAAGCAGCUGAAAAAGCCAAAGAGACUCUUCAAGUUGCGGAAAGGGAGGUGGUAGUAGAUCUGGAUUCUUCAGCUCUGAACAAAGGCAGUAUAGAUGCUGCUGCUGAACAAGAACCGGCAAAAGUGGAUUUAACCCUGCAGUCAGAGAUUUUGAAAGAUACAGCCCCGGUGUUGGAAGGCAUUAAGGUAAGUGUUAGUAUGGGUGGGAGUCAAUAUAAUGCUGUAAACCACAGCACAAAUUCUGUAAGGGGAGCGAGGAAGUUAAUGCUUACUUUAUCCAGAUUAGCUGAUAUAUCCAAUUAUAAUAGAUACAGAGAAGGCUAGAACUUAUUUAAUUUA